CUGUUUUUCUGUCAAUAUCAGGAUUCUAGUGAGGGAAGGAGACAUGUCCCAGGACAAGCCAGCCUACCCUAUAAUGGGGGAGAACAAUCCUCUUCACAACAACGUCUAUGGGCCACCCAAAACCGAUGCCUUUGGAAUGCCUCCGCCCAACUAUAGUCAGGGUCCAGGAGCUCCUCCUUAUGUGGCACCAGGACCCUGUGGCCAGCCCGGUUACGGCCAACCUCCAGCACCAGGGUUCGGCCCUGGUCCAUACCCACAGAUGCCAUAUCCACAGAUGCCGUACCCACAGGGGCCCUACGCUCAGGGGCCCUACGCUCAAGGUCCAUACCAGCAGGGGCCCGGCCAGCCUGCCUUUGGUGUAGAUCCUAAUGAAUAUAGGGAACUACUACUUUUGUUUAUCAGCCAGGCACAGUUAAUGGGCAAUUAUAGUAGUCUCAAAAUGGUGUUUAUGGUCUUGACCGUGCAGCUGUUGGUCACCUUCUCUUUUGUUGCCGUUUUCACCUUUGCAACUGACGUCAAAGUGUUUGUACGGAGAAAUCAGUGGACAUACUAUGUCUCCUACGCUGUCUUCUUUGUUUCACUGAUCGUUCUCAGCUGCUGUGGAGAGUUUCGCCGCAAACACCCAUGGAACCUGGUGGCACUGUCCAUCCUGACCCUGAGUCUGUCCUAUAUGGUUGGAAUGGUCGCCAGCUACUAUGAUACAGAUGCAGUUAUCAUGGCAGUGGGCAUCACUGCGGUGGUCUGCUUCACAGUUGUGCUUUUCUCAUUGCAGAGCAAAUAUGACUUCACUUCCUGCUGGGGUGUUCUUUUUGUCUGUCUGAUUGUCCUUCUCCUGGCCUCUUUCCUCUGCAUCUUCAUCCAAAACAAAAUUCUCCACAUCGUCUACGCCUCGCUCGGGGCCCUGCUGUUCACUUGUGUAAGUAAAACCAUCAAUACCUUAAUAUCCUUUAAAAAAAAAAUGUUCACGUAAAUGUAUACUUCUGUGUUACGGAGACUGUUAAAU